GUGCCCUCAAGAGCCCCUUUUCCAAGGCAAAGUCCCACCCUUCCAAAUGCAACGGAGUUUCAUUAUUGCACACAGCAGCAAUGUCCUUGGUGGGCUCUGCAAAUGCACAAACCCUCAACAAUCCCCCUGCCCCAGCAGAAACAGCCCUGGGCCACAGGCUACCGCAGGAAGAGGGUCACCGGCCUGUCCAGGCAGUGUGGCACAGGUCCCUACCCUGGCCAAGAAUGGGGAAACUCUGGGCAGAAAAGCCACCAGGGAUGGCCUUGAACAAGCGCCAGCUCUGAACAUUUGUGGCACACACCCCUCUGAUGGCCGUGCCAUCCCGCUGCUCACACCCAGAGCAGCACCUGCCAGCUCAUCCCACCCACCCCAGCCUCAGCACCAUAAACCUCAAACAAGAAGCCAGUCCCAGCCCCAGGACAAGCCUCCUUCAUGCAAGAAGCUGGUCCAGGUGUUGUCACGUUAUGGGGCACCGUGCCCCAGCACCAGCCCUGCUCAGCCCCUCCUGGACACAGCCGGUGUCCCCCCAUGGCUUGCAGCUCCGCUCCCCCCUCGCAGGCCAGCAGCCGCCCCGGCACAAGUGCGGGAACCAGAAGAGCUGCCCCCAGAACCAGUUCGCCUUCAAGAUCAUCAGUGGUGCCGCAAACGUGGUGGGACCCUCCAUCUGCUUCGAUGACGUGGUCCUCAUGAGCAGCGUGAAAAACAACGUUGGCCGAGGCCUGAACAUCGCACUGGUGAACGGAACAAGUGGGCAGCUCCUGAAAGUGCGUACGUUCGACAUGUACUCCGGAGACAUUAAACAAUUGGACACCUUCCUCCAAGAGAUCAAGUAUGGCACCAUGGUGCUGACAGCCAGCUACGAUGAUGCUGCCACAAAGAUGAAUGACAAAGUACGGGCACAUUUUGUGGGGCUGGGCAGCAGCCACGUGAACAAGCUGGGCUUCCGUGACAACUGGGUCUUUUUGGGAGCAAAAGGGCUGAAUAACAAGAGCCCCUUUGAAGAGGUACAUGGCCCUGCACUGCCACCAGCUCCAGAGGCUCCCAGCUUCUCCAUAGCACCUCCUGAGCCACAUCUCACGUGCCUUUCUGCAGAAGACAUGGGCCAGCAGCGUUAUCCCCCCACAUCGAGCCAAGCUGCAAGUUUUGCCACGUCUUGCAAAUUUGCACUGUGCCGCCAACCUCCUCGUUCAUUUAUCUCUUUUUUCUUUUUUCCUGCAGCACAUCAAAAAUAAUCAGAGAACAAAUAAAUAUGAGGGCUGGCCUGAGAUGCUGGAGAUGGAAGGCUGUGUCCCCAGGAAGAUGGAUUAAC